AUGGGUCUGGUAGACACCAUCAAAGAUAAUAACCAGGCAUCCAAUCAAGAACGUGCAAAAGCUAUGAUAUUUCUCCGUCACCAUCUUGAUGAGGGGUUGAAAAUGCAAUACCUCACCAUUAAAAAUCCCCUAAUACUGUGGAAUAAUUUGAAAGAUAGAUAUGACCACCUGAAGUUGGUCAUUCUUCCACAGGCGCGUCAUGAUUGGUUUAAUCUGAGGUUACUAGAUUUUAAAAGUAUAACUGAAUAUAAUUCUUCCAUGUAUAGAAUUAUAUCACAGUUAAAUUUAUGCGGAGAAGAGGUCACUGAACAUGAUAAGCUUGAGAAAACAUACUCCACAUUUCCUGCCUCGAGUAUGCUCUUGCAGCAGCAAUAUCGAGAAAUGGAUUUUAAAAAAUAUUCUGAAUUACUUUCACAUGUUCUUAUUGUUGUACGACAUAACGACCUAUUGAUAAAAAAUCAUGAAAGUCGGCCUGUUGGUUCUAUGCCACUCCCUGAAGUGAACAGACAAAUUAUCACCAACGAGAAAGAGGUCGUGACUCCUAUCGUGGUCGUGGCCAUGGUCAUGAUGGUCGUCUUGCACCAAAAAACUGACCAACAAUAUAAAAGGAAGGGUGAGAGACAAGAAGUGAUACAAAAGAAAAAUUCAAAAAGUGUAUGUCACAGAUGUGGAAGAAUGUUGCGUACCUGUCGAUCAUCUAAGCGUCUGGUUCAGCUCUAUCAGGCAUCCUUGAAAAAGGGUGAUAAUAAUCUAGAAGCAAACUUUGUCUCUGAAGAUAAUGUUGAGCUCAUACAUAAGAUGAAUAAUAAUGCAGAAGCAAACUUCAUCUCUGAAGAUAAUGCUGAGCCUAUGCAUUUAGAUGUAGCUGCUUUCUUUGUAUUCCCUGAAGGAAAAAUGAUUAGUGAGAUUAGUGACGAUCCCAUGAUAAUCUAG